UGGCACUGAUUGAUUAACGUCACCUGAUCAGCUGACUCUCAAGUUUCAGCAGUUGAUCCAGGGGUGUUGUUGAUACCAAGAGAGUAUAAGUUAGCAUCACUUGGUUUGCCUGUGUGUGAGUGGGCCUCAAUCAAACAUUUCAUUCUGGCAUUUUCCAUCAGAAUCUUUCUUUUUUUUUUGAUGACUCUCUCCUCUUCUCGCUCAUCCCACUGAUGCAUCCCCUCCUGUGUGUGAGUGUAGGCAGGAUUGUGCUCACAGCAUGCCUGUUGCACCCCUAAGCCAGCUUGCAGGGGUUGGUUCUCUCCUAUCACGGGCUCCAGGGAUCAAACCUGGUCGUCAGGCUGGCAUGGCAAGUGCUUUUACUCACGAGCCACUCUUUGGCCACCUAGUUCUAGGCAAAAGUGUCUAAAACACACACUGGAAAAAUGACAGCCUGUUCAAUAAAUUGUGUUGACAAAAUGAGAUAUCAGCUGUGAAAGUAGAUCCACACCUCCCAACCUGCACAGAAGAAGUUCAAAGCGAAUCAAGGUCCUUAAUUUUUAAAACUUGGCCUUUUUACUUAACAGUCUGUCUGGGUUCUCUAAAGAAAUCACUCCUAGUCUUUUUAAAGAAUAUAUACCUACAUAAUUCUCUAUGGUUUAUCCAGCCAUUUUACUCUGGAGUAUUGAGAAUGCCUUCAGUAUUUGCUCAAGGAUUUGAUUCUAUAGUGAAUAACCUACUUGGGAUUCCAAAGGCUUCUGAAAUCUGUGACUUAAUGCCUUUCAUCAAUUUUUGAAAAUUCUCACCCAGGCAGUGUCACCAGCAACGUGCAGUGCAACUUGAAGUUGCCAGCCAUGACCCCUGGAGGGAGGUGGGUGUCCCUUAGGAACCUCCACCCAGUGAAGUCAAGUCUCAGAAAGGAAGGCAGUCAGCAUGAAGUAAGACUGUGGUUUAUUACAUACAGGCAGCAUGCGUGUGUGUGUGUGUGUGUGUGUGUGUGUGGGUUUGGAGGGUACUGCACAAACUUAAGAGGAAGCUCAGACUUCUUGAAGCUCGAGAUGCAGACGAGCGAGAGAAGUGGAUCCAUGCCUUAGAAGAAACUAUUCUUCGCCAUACUCUUCAGCUUCAAAUCAGUACCACACUUGCUUUUUUCCAGUCUUCUGGUAUCUCUCCAGUUCUUGAAUUUUCAAAAAUAAUUGGUUUGGAUUCAGGAUUCAUCCCCAGUGUCCAAGACUUUGAUAAGAAACUUACCGAGGCUGACGCGUACCUGCAGAUCUUGAUAGAACAAUUAAAGCUUUUUGAUGACAAGCUUCAAAAUUGUAAAGAUGAUGAACAGAGAAAGAAAGUUGAAACUCUCAAAGACACAACAAAUAGCAUGGUAGAAUCAAUUAAACACUGCAUUGUGUUGCUACAGAUUGCUAAAAGUACUAUUAAUCCUGUAGAUGCAAUAUACCAGCCUAGUCCCUUGGAACCUGUGAUCAGCACAAUGCCUUCCCAGACUGCCUUACCUCCAGAACCCGCUCAGUUGUGUAAGUCAGAGCAGCGUCCAUCUUCCUUACCUGUUGGACCUGUGUUAGCUACCUUGGGACAUCAUCAGACUCCAACACCAAAUAGUACAGGCAGUGGGAACUCACCACCUAGCAGCAGUCUGACUCCUCCCAGCCAUGUCAACUUGUCUCCAAAUACAGUCCCAGAGUUCUCUUACUCUAGCAGUGAAGAUGAGUUCUAUGAUGCUGAUGAAUUCCAUCAAAGUGGCUCGUCCCCAAAGCGCUUAAUAGAUUCUUCUGGAUCUGCCUCAGUCUUGACACACAGCAGCUCCGGAAAUAGCUUAAAACGCCCAGAUACCACAGAGUCUCUGAAUUCCUCCAUGUCCAAUGGCACAAGCGAUGCUGAUCUUUUUGACUCACAUGACGACAGAGAUGAUGAUGGGGAGGCUGGGUCAGUGGAGGAGCACAAGAGCGUUAUCAUGCACCUCUUAUCACAAGUCAGGCUGGGGAUGGACCUCACAAAGGUAGUUCUUCCAACGUUUAUUCUCGAGAGAAGAUCUCUGUUAGAAAUGUAUGCAGACUUUUUCGCACAUCCAGACCUGUUCGUGAGCAUUAGUGAUCAGAAGGAUCCCAGGGAUCGAAUGGUUCAGGUUGUGAAAUGGUACCUCUCGGCCUUCCAUGCAGGAAGGAGAGGAUCGGUGGCCAAAAAGCCGUACAAUCCUAUUUUGGGUGAGAUCUUUCAGUGUCACUGGACGUUGCCGAAUGAUACUGAAGAGAACGCAGAGCUCGUUUCAGAAGGGCCGGUUCCCUGGGUUUCUAAGAACAGUGUAACAUUUGUGGCUGAGCAAGUUUCCCACCAUCCGCCCAUUUCAGCCUUUUAUGCUGAGUGUUUUAACAAGAAGAUACAAUUCAAUGCUCAUAUCUGGACUAAAUCAAAAUUCCUUGGGAUGUCAAUUGGGGUACACAACAUAGGUCAGGGCUGUGUCUCGUGUCUGGAGUACGAUGAGCACUACAUCCUCACGUUCCCCAAUGGCUAUGGAAGGUCUAUCCUGACAGUGCCCUGGGUGGAAUUGGGAGGAGAAUGCAAUAUCAACUGCUCCAAAACGGGUUACAGCGCAAACAUCGUCUUCCACACUAAGCCUUUCUAUGGGGGCAAGAAGCACAGAAUUACUGCAGAGAUUUUUUCUCCGAAUGACAAGAAAUCCUUCUGCUCAAUUGAAGGGGAAUGGAAUGGUAUCAUGUAUGCAAAAUACGCAACAGGGGAAAACACUGUCUUUGUAGACACCAAGAAAUUGCCUAUAAUCAAGAAAAAGGUGAGGAAGUUGGAAGAUCAGAAUGAGUAUGAGUCCCGCAGCCUUUGGAAGGAUGUCACUUUCAAUUUAAAAAUCAGAGACAUUGAUGCAGCAACGGAAGCAAAGCACAGACUUGAAGAAAGACAAAGAGCAGAAGCCCGAGAAAGGAAGGAGAAGGAAAUUCAGUGGGAGACGAGGCUCUUUCACGAGGAUGGCGAAUGCUGGGUUUACGAUGAGCCUUUACUGAAGCGUCUUGGUGCUGUGAAGCAUUAGGCCGACAACCGAGUCCACACCUGGUGACCAGGGCAGUAGGCGUAAUUAAGCAACAAUCGAUCUUCCUUCAGGAGAGCUUGUCACUUCCUUCUUAACGCAGUGGUUCCUAUCUCAGGGAUACUGGACUUGACGACACAGAUGAACAAUUAAAGUGGAAACCGCUUCCCUUUUCUCCUCUGUGGCAGUUACAAUUUUGACUUCAGGCCUGAGAAAAACUUCAGGUUUCGAAACAUGACAUCUCUUCCUUUUCCAGAUCCCAUGCUUUGAAAAAUAUUUAUAGACAGUUCCAGGUCUCAGCUUCCUGUCCUCUAGUUCUGCUGUUCGGGCAUAAAAUCUUUAUCUCCAGUUCAUAUAAUCUUGAGUUUUAGAUAUACACACAUGCGUAACAGCUGACAGUUUUUCACAAGUACACCCACCUGUAAAUACUGUAUCCUCAGUUUAGAAAAUUAGUGCAAUGUAUGAAAAUCAAGUGUUAGGAAAUUUCAUGGUUUCACCUAUAACCUUUAUUUUAGAAUUGAACUAUGAUUAGAUUGUAUCUAAACCUGAAGUAUAAUUAUAUGCAGUGCUUCUUAAGGCUUCAUAAAAUAAUUUUCCAACCUUUUUAAAAAUAUGUUUCUUUCAUUGUUUUAUACCUAACCUUGCAGACCAACCUGGCAGCCUUUUCUGAGGCUCCCCGACUCAAGCCCUCCGGCUAGUCCUGGAUGCCUUACUGCCUCGCAGGGCUGGAGGACUGCACUUCCCCCACCCCACCCCCAAAAAAGCCACGGCAGAUGGCUUGAUGUGAAGGGAUAUACAGAACUAUGUUUACUUUAAAGUACAUUAAAAAAACAAAACCAGGGCAGUUUGGUGCUAUAACAAAUUAAUUACAGAUAGGCACACAAGAGCUGGGUUCUCCUCAGAGGACACAGGCCAGGGGCCCCCACAUUGCUGACGUAAGUGUUUGGGUCACACUUGCCUACUAUCUCAUUGCCAUCCUGAGCUAAUCUUGUAGAGGAAAGGUAAAAAGUAAAUCAAAUCCUAGGUUGCCAUCGAAAAAAUCCAAUGGAAGCCCUAAGGCAGCAGUGUAACUCCAUAAAAUGCACACACGUCUUUAAAUACACGUUGCUUCAGGCC